AUGGCGGCGGUGCCCUCAGGGGCUCUCCCAGGGGCGAAGGAACUCCCAGGGAUCCUCCCAAAGGCGGUGGCGCCCUCAGGGGCUAUCCCAGGGGUGGCGGAACUCCAGGACCCUCCCGGGGGCGGCGGUGAUCCCAGGGGCCCUGUCAGCGUCUGUGGGGCCCCCAGGGUCCCCUUCCAGGGGCUCUGGCGAACCCAGGGGCCUCGAAGAUGCAAUGUAUUCUCCCGGAGCCCUCCCAAGGGCGACGGUGUUCCCAGAAGCGAGGGCACCUUCAGGGGCCUUAUCAUGGGCAGUGGCGACAGCAGGAGUCCUCUCAGUGGCGAUAGCAAUCCCAGGGGCACUCCCAGGAGCGUCGGCGACCCCAGGGUACUCCAGGAGUGUUGGGGCGGUGGCGACACCAAGGGCCCUUUCAGGGAAGGCAGAGACCCCUGGGAUCUUCUCAGGGGCAUUGGCGACCCAUUGGGUCCUCCCAUGUGCGGUGGGGCCCCAAGUAAUCCUUACAGGGGCGGCGGCUACCCAAGGAGCCCUCCCAGGGUCGGCUUGGACCCCAUGGGCCGUCCACGGGUCGGCAGCGACUCCCGGGGCCCUCACAAGGACUGGCCCUACAGGGACAGUGCCCUUGGUGCCUUCUUAGUGGCAGCAGCAAUUCCUGGGCCCUCUGAGGGCCGCCGGCUACCUUUUGGGGCCUUACCAGCGGAGGCGGCGACCCCAGGAGCUCUCCCAAGGGCAUCGGCGGUCCCAGGGGUGGAGGAGCCCCUAAGGGUCCUCCUAGAGGCGGCGAUGCCCUCAUAG